UAAGUUGGCAAAUGGAUGAUCAAGGCAGUACCAUUGUUUAACUGUCCACCCCGUAUCGUACUCGUAGGGAUUGUAUCAGAGCCCACACUAAAAAAAAAAGAACGGGAGUUGAUCGUCGGGGCGGGUGGCCUGAGCCGGCCGUAACUUAACCUGUGCACGACGCUUUGUUUCUGUUUCUCUUGAUUUCUCUCUCUCCCUCCGUCAAUUCACUCUUUGUUCAGUUUAUUAUUGGGGGUUUUAUUUUUUUGACUUGUACUUGAAUCUCAUUCGAUGGUCCAUCAUCGUUAACUUAAUCGUUCUUCCUGCUUUGGUCCUUUGGUUGGCGCUGGGCCCGACUGGCGCUCCCGUCCCAGUCUUGCCGUCAAUCCUUUGCUUCACUCGCCCACUCACUCGCUCGCUCCUCCCUUCUAACCAUUUUUUUUAUCCCUUGUACCCCUCCCCCCUCUCCCAUCCCUCGCUACCUAUUUUCCCUACCUUACGCCCUGCUGGCUACUCCGGUAGUCGAGGACUACUGCUGCUGCCCUUCACCGCUGCUGUUGCCUGGCCUUCCGCCAGCUCUUCAACUGCUACCCCCCCCCCCACCACCGCACAAUCAAUACCUUGACCACUACUACCACUACUACCACUACUACUACUAUCGUACCAUUACUACUUACUACUACCACCACCUCACCACCUCCUCCGCCACCGCUACCACACCUACUUAUCGUCACUCCCCCCCUCCUUCACUCCUCUUUCUUUAUUCACGAUAGUGGUACUUUCUCGCACCUAGAAGCUGGAAUUCUUUCCACUUUGUUUCAAUUAAAGAAAUCAUUUAAUAAAUUUUUUUCCCUUACUAUCCUACCACGUUCCCUGGAUUUGAGCCUCCUUGACGACUGGGGAACCCUAGUUAUUCCCGGGCUGCUGCAGCCCUUCGGCUUUCCUUCAAGUCGAGCGUGAUGGCAGUAGCGAGGCUUCGGUAACGCACAGCCCAGCCAGCCGAUCAGAGGAAAAAAGAAAGAGAGAGAGAGAGAGAGACUCUACAACAUAAACCCCAGGGGGUACCAAUCUGUUUACCCCGUGCCACCGUGCACCUCUUUUCACUUCUUGUGGAGAGAACGGGUUCCCUGUCGGUCGCGACUUUGGGGAUCAUUCUUAACCCCGGUCUCUACUUCCCCCAUUGAAUUGGGUCAGCUUACGGCAUUGUACCCUGCUAUCCAAUACUCCUGGGGGCUUUUCUGUCUGCGACGAUGUCGAGUUGGUUAGCAGAAAUGGAUUUGGGGAAGAGGGCGGAGGGUUCUGGUUGGGAUUAUUGGGUUGACGACCCAGUAUAUGGCCUGAGUCGACUAGCGAAUCGAAAGAUAGGCGAUCCUAAGGAUCAGUCGUUACUGACAGGACAGGAAUUAUACAUUCUCCGCACAAUAGCACUUGCCGCAGCUACAAUAUCUCUCUCGACGGGAGUGGUGGUGGGAUGGUGGUUUGUGCGUAUGAAGCGAAGUUUUAGACAUCAGUAGGCGCCUCACCCGGACCCGCUUUGUUCUCUGCUUGUGUUACUACGACACUGGGAAACCUUGGGGAUGGUGCUGACGAUUGGCUUACAGUCUUAUCAUGUUGUUGAUCUUUUCGGAUUUUUUCAAGGCGAGUUGGCAGUUGAUAUACCCAGCGGUAGUGUUUACAAGAGGAGCGGUUGCGAGCGAAUCCAAGUUUUGUCAGGCUGCCGGAUUUUUCAUGUCGAUGGGAAUAGAAGCUUCGGGUAUGUCAUUCUGGGAUGGCAGUUGUGGUUCAUCAACUUUUCCUUUCUCUUCUAAAAAAAAUAAGGAAGGAUCUGAGUCUGAUAUUUCAUUAGAUUUCGCGGUUCUGGUUAUAGCGGUUCAUAGUGCGCUCUAUAUUUUUCGGCCAGGGCUCACAGCCGUUGGCGAAGGAGGACUAUUUCGUUACCGUCAUUCGGUAUACGUUGCUUGGUUGGCAUUUUCGAUAUUAAUGCCGUCACUCGCAUACAUUAAUUCUGCUCCAGCAUACAGUGCCCAAGGCACAUUUUGUUACCUACCGGUACGCCCUGUGUGGUACCGCAUGGCGUUGGCGUGGGUUCCCCGAUACAUCAUCCUCGUGACCAUCCUUAUCCUCUACGCAUCGAUAUAUAUUUACGUCCGCAUGAAGUUUCGAACGUUUCGGAGUCAUGUUGGAGCCAGCACGCUAGAAAUGGACACGGUUGAUUUGGCAGUCCCAGAGCCGCCAAAGGAUGAGGGGGGUCUCCCGGAAUUGGACGACCACGGAUUAAUACCAACAUCGCCUGCCUCGGAUAGUCGGCAGGCAUCAAACGCAUCGGACCAGCCAUUUGCAAAGUUGAUGGUGCCCCAGACCAUUGGCGAGAAACUCAAUUUCCCGCCAGCAUGUUCGUCGGAGCCUCGGCCGUGGGCAUAUGAUGGGGCCUCAUCGCCGUCAAGGAGGGGCUCCUUACCGGCAUCGAUAGCAAACCCGGAGGGAGGGACCGGUUCAUCCAGUGAGAUUUCACAUGGUAACAAGGUGAGGGGAGGGACGGCUGACGGAGCAUCCGCAGAAUUGAGGAGGAGACGGAUAGCAAUCAGUAGGCAGUUACGCCUACUGUUCAUAUACCCACUAGUCUACGCACUUAUGUGGGUCCCAUCCCUCGUCAGUAACCUAUUACAGUACCGAGAUCAAUUCGUCCGGGAUCCGAACUUCCCGCUAGCUUGCAUGGUGGCCUUCACGAUACCUAUCCAGUGCGCUGUGGAUUGUUGGUUGUUCACCAUACGGGAGAAGCCAUGGAGGUACAUUCCCGAGUCGAACGGCAAGUCAUUCUGGUCACGGUACGGAUUCAUCAAGGGGGAAGGGUGUAGUAGUGCUGGUGGAAAGGAUGGAGAGGUCGGGUGGAGAAAGAGGAAGAACAUGAGUUUUGAGGCGAGAAAGGCGUACGAGCGAAGGGAGGAGGAGAGGAAGGAGGCAGCGGAGUUGUGGCUACAGCGGCAGGAUGAGAAAGGAAGAUUGAGUUCUGGUUCUGCACCUUUGGUACCCGCUGAACCAAAGAAAGCGUACAGGAGUUGGUGGGACGGCUUUUCAGAUGGCCUGGAUGAGAUCGUGGAGGAGGCCAAGAACAGGCGGGCCUCACAAAGUCACCUGGGACACGCUGAUGACCUGAGUAAUCUGGAAGCCGGGAUAGGAGGAGAGGGGAGCAGACAAGAUAGCCAUCUCGCCCCCACUACUACAGCAUAACACGACUCUCGCCCAUCGUCACCGUUAUUAAACCUCACUAAGCUUCUGUGUCCCAUAUUACCUUUUUUUUCUUUUUUCUUUCUCUUAUAACUAUUACUAUCCGGACGGCCUUGGAAUGUGAAUAUUUUCCUUUUUUUUCCUUCUCUCAUCGGUAUUAUAUCUUACGGCUUAUGAACAUGGGAUCCACAGUUCUCUUUUUCUUUUCCAGUUUACUUCCUCACCCUCCAAAAGUCACCUUACACCCGACUAUAUCUCAUAAUCCCAUCCACCAUCACCAUCACAAUAUUUCCUUAUUUCGGCGGGGGCAGUGAUUUUUACUUUUUCUUCUUUCCUUUUUGAAUUAUCUGUAGCAUUGGGCAUUGGUAUAAAAAGGCGAUCGGCAUUUCUUGGGUCUAUCUCUUUUUCUCUCCUUUAAUUUCCUUAUUUCCAUUCUUGCAUAGCCUCUAUUUUUUUAUUUUUAUUCUCUUCAAAUUUUUUUCGUUCCGGGAAAAACCUGUACAAAUGAAUAAUAUAGGGGGCAACGGCAGCAGCAUCAGCAACGGAAAACUGGACCCUUUUCUUACUUUGCAAGAGCGAUCGGUGGAUUCGGUCUGGUCUGGUCUCGCUAGCUCCGUGUGGGAAAUUUGUUUUUCUAAUACCGGUGGCCAACCUGGCUACCGUCACGGCUUAGCUUUCUUCAUUCAAGGAGUUUUUUUCUUUUCUUUUCAAUCUCACUUUCAUUUUUUUUCUAUUGUAGGUAUAUAAGCUAUAGUUGUCCAUCUGCCUGCCCUGUUUUACUUGUCCGCCUGCCCAUCAAUCUGUCCAUUAGGCAGGCCGUCAAGGCCUGGACUGGUCGGAGAGAUCGAGGCGGGACGGAUGGACGGGCGGGCGGGGGGGCCAGAUCAGGGCAUGAU